AUGGAAAUGAGAUGUCGCCCAACAACGGUGAUGUGCUGUGCUCUUGCGGUUCUCUGCUCCAUCGCUCGUUCCGUGAAUGCUUCAUUCGGGGACAGACAGUACCUCAACGAAUGGGCGGUGGAGAUUCCCGGAGGACCGGACGCCGCCAGGUCCAUUGCCAAAGAACUGGACUACCGAGUAGUCCGCCAGAUUGGGGCGCUAGAAAACCAUUACUUGUUUAAACACCAGACUCAUCCUAGCAGGACGAAACGAAGUGCCGAUCACAUCACCAAACGCCUGUCCGAAGAUGAUCGGGUAUCAUGGGCGGAGCAACAAUAUGAGAAGCGGCGCAGUAAGCGGGCGUCACUGGGGUCAUGCCGGGACUGUCCGGUGGACGAGCUGUUCAAUGACCCCAUGUGGAACCAGCAGUGGUACCUGCAAGACACUCGGACGUCGUCCUCCCUGCCCAAGCUGGACCUCCACGUGAUUCCUGUGUGGAAGAAAGGGUUCACAGGAAAAGGAGUGGUCAUCACCGUGCUGGACGACGGUCUGGAGUGGAACCACACCGACAUCUACCCCAACUAUGACGCAGCAGCCAGCUACGAUUUCAAUGACAACGACUCUGACCCCUUCCCCAGGUACGACUCCACCAAUGAGAACAAGCAUGGGACCAGGUGUGCCGGUGAGAUCGCCAUGCAGGCAGACAACAAUAAAUGUGGAGUCGGGGUGGCGUACAACUCCAAAGUUGGAGGGAUCCGCAUGUUGGACGGUAUUGUGACGGAUGCCAUCGAGGCCAGUUCUAUUGGCUUCAAUUCGGACCACGUGGACAUCUACAGUGCCAGCUGGGGACCCAACGAUGAUGGCAAGACGGUCGAGGGCCCCGGUCGCCUUGCGUCAAAAGCCUUUGAGUACGGCAUCCAGAAGGGCCGGGGAGGGAAGGGCUCUAUCUUCGUGUGGGCGUCAGGGAACGGGGGCCGCCAGGGGGACAACUGCGACUGCGACGGCUACACAGACAGCAUCUACACCAUCUCAAUCAGCAGUGCCUCCCAGCAGGGCCUGUCCCCCUGGUACGCUGAGAAGUGCUCCUCCACCCUAGCUACCGCCUACAGCAGCGGAGACUACACCGACCAGAGAAUAACCAGUGCUGAUUUGCAUAAUGAAUGCACAGAGACACACACAGGAACGUCCGCCUCCGCCCCACUGGCUGCUGGGAUAUUUGCCCUGGCACUGGAACAGAACCCUGAGCUGACGUGGAGGGAUCUGCAGCACUUGGUGGUGUGGACGUCUGAGUUCGACCCGCUGGCCAACAACCCCGGCUGGAAGAGGAACGGGGCAGGCCUGAUGGUCAACAGUCGUUUUGGCUUCGGCCUGCUCAAUGCCAAGGCCCUGGUGGACCUGGCCGACCCGGCCACCUGGAAACACGUCCCUGAGAAGAAACAGUGCAUAAUCAGGGACGACUCCUUCCAGCCCAGGGCAUUGAAAGCAGCAGUAGAGAUCACCAUUGAGAUCCCCACCAAGGCCUGUAAUGGCCAGGACAACGCUGUCCACUCACUGGAGCAUGUGCAAGUGGAGGCCAACAUCGAGUACACCAGGAGAGGAGACCUACACAUCACACUCACAUCCCCAUCAGGCACUAGCACGGUCCUGCUGGCAGAGAGAGAGAGGGACAUGUCAUCUAACGGCUUCAGGAACUGGGACUUCAUGUCUGUUCACACCUGGGGAGAAGACCCCACUGGCACCUGGACCCUCAAGAUAACUGACACGUCCGGGCGGAUGGAGAAUGAAGGCCAGAUCCUGACCUGGAAGUUGAUUCUCCACGGCACGUCAGAGAAGCCCGAGCACAUGAAGAAACCCAGAGUGUACGUCCCUUACAACGCUGUCCAGAAUGACCGUAGAGGAGUAGAGCACAUGGACGACAUGAUGGAGGAACUGUCCACCCAGGCUGAGGCCCACUCACCGCAGAAGACUCAACCUCCUCCUUCCGCCACCCCCAAGAUGAAGCAGAUGAGACCCUCCUCCCCACCCCUGUCCCCCUCCCUGGCCCUCCUGCGUCUCCUCCAGACGGCCUUCAACCGGCAGACCCCCGCCGCCCUGCCUCAGUCCCCAGAAAAGGCCUCCUCUAGCAGGGGAGAGCAGCACCAGGGCAGGCCACACUCCAUUCCAGGGGGAGCAGGCCCUCGCAUCGCUCCCCAGAAGCUGUACCAGGCCCUGGACAGGAUCAACCAGUACCAGCGGGCCGGGCAGGAUGACAGCCUUUACAGCGACUACAGUGACGGCUUCUACAGCGCCAAGCCCUACAAGCACAGAGAUGACCGGCUGCUGCAGGCACUCUUCAACAUGCUCUCUGACGAUAAGCAGUGA